UCCAGUCUUUGGAGGCCUAGCGGCCCGUCUCAUGUUAGUAUCCGGAAUCAGCACAUUCGAUUACCUAUUGUUCACUAAGUUUUAAGCUAGAAGCGAUUUAUCACUUGGUGUCCUUUCCUCGUAAGUAUGAUUAAUUGUUGAUUUUAAGUCAUUAAAUGGUUUUUGUUAUUCACCGUUUUAUUCUGUAGUAGAGUAAGUAUAUAAGAAACAUGAUUUGAACGAGAAAUAUUCUUCUUUUCAGAUUAUCUUUUUAGUUUAGCUUAAAACGAGUUGUCAAGAGUAUUCUCUUUAGUUUCCUCAGAGCUGACUUUUUGUUUCGAUUUGAGUCAGCUUUGAAUCGAGGAGCCCAGUUGACUGUUAAACUAAAAAUUCUCCGAUUAAUGGCUAUUAAUCGCUAAAAAAUCAUCGAUUUAUUGCCGAUUUUGACUACAUGGGGUUUUUCAAACUAGAUAAGAAAACAUAAUGGCGAGAAGUUGAUUCUACACUCAUUACUGACGUAUUCAUCUGAUUUAUUUUUUUCCUAGACCGUUAUACAGACCAGAUAGAUAACAAAUUGAGACAUAUCCGCAGAGAAAAUAAACAAUUAGAAAGAGAUAUCUUUGUAUUACAAAAGAAAUUUAAAAGCUUAAAUACAAGUGAGUGCAAGAUUAUUUACUUGUCGUUCUCACUGACUCUUUAAUGUUGCAGCUACACACAAUCCUUCAAAUGAUCACUAUCAUCCUCCUCACCCAAUUGUUGACUCUGUAAUGACAUAUAGGUCGAAUAAUCAACAACAGAUUCAUUCAAGGCAAGAUUCGACAAUUAUUUUAUUAUUUCUAUUUUUACUCACUGUAGUGUUUUGCUAUUAUUUAGAAGAGGUACUAUUUCGCUCUCACGAGUAUCACCUCGUUCACGCGUGAAGAACCAUGAUCAUCAUACAUCAGAUAUACCGGCAGAUCAAGUUUCAAGUGUGAAACAAGAAUCACAGAUCACAACUCAAACAACAACUUCCGUUAGUCCGACGAUGAGUUUGUUGUCAUCAGAUAUCAGUGAACUAGCAGAACGUCUACCUUUCAAGCUAGUCGGAGGUUUUGUAAUAUUUUUUGAUUUUAUUUAUGAUAUGAAACCGUCAACUGAAUUAUGUAAACUUGUUAUUUGUCUACAUCAUCCAAAAUCGGGGCUAGGCGAGCCAUCACAGUUACAAUCAUUCAGAUGUAAUUCAUUUGUUGAUCAAAACGGACAAAAGACGAACGUAGCAUUAAUCGCCACCAAACAACCGGUUCCACGUUGUUCACCUGAACAAGCUUUGACAAUCGUAAUCGAGGUCCAAACAGCUAAUUAUCCAUCCUAUUAUACUCAGCUGCAAACAACGUCAUGGGCAAAAAUUCCUCUAUUUGAUCGUAAUAAUCGUUUACUUAAUGGACGUUGGAAAGUACCUAUGCGUAGUUUACCAAUGCAGUGUGAUGCCAGUCUAGCGAUAAUCAACACACUUCCCACGGACGGAACGAUGGAAUUACACUAUCGGUUGGUUGAUACUAAUGAUGCUGAAGAACAAACAAAAGCGCCCCUGUCACCCACUUGCAAAGAUUUAUAUGUCUAUAUGAUCCCGGUAAGGAGAACUGUUUCAAUUGUGAGUGCUCGGGCUCAAUGA